UCAAAAGAAUGUGUUGAAAGGUACUGUGGAAAAUACUUCAAUUUGGAAGCUCAAUCUCCAAUCGUCGAAAAGUUUAGUCGAUAUAUUCAAGAAGCGACACAGGGUCAUGUGGGCUUGAUUUUUCACACAUUGCGACACACAAAAGAAGCAAUGGAGCGACGGAUUCGGGAAAAUGUGUUGUCUUUUAAAGACGUUUUUGCGUACCUAAAUUCACGUGAAUUCGAUUUGACGGUUGAUCGAUGCCGUGCUUCACCCAAAGUCAAAAGUCUUUCUUCUGAACAAUUGAAAAUAUGCGAAAUGGUUUACACAUUUGGGGAGGUGCCCUUCAAUGCUUACAAUACCAGCAUGCUACGUUUAAUUAAAUCUGGGAUUCUUGUGAUUGAUCAUGAACGCCUAUUUUUUUCGGCACCUCUUAUUGAACGAUCAUUUUUCCAGCAAUGUUACGGAAGUCACAACACCUCUGAAACUACCCCUGAAUCAUUAUAUCAUUUUAUUGUGAGAAUUUUCACGGCGAUGUGUGAUGGACCAAGCGGAAAAAUUUUGAGAGAGGCUCUUGGAUUUGGAACCGAUGGAAACCUUCUGGAACAAACAUGGCAAAAAGAAUUUUAUAGAGUCGGAACACAAGUAUUAGGGAUAAAUUAUUUUCUAUCAUGUGAUGUGGGGGCAGUUUUUGGAUGCGAUGGAUACGUCGAUUUUUAUGUGGAUAAGUUGGACUGGGCAAUAGAGCUUUUGAGAGAUG